AUGGCAUCAAGUUCAAAUUCCUCUACCAUUGGGAAUAUCCAGAAUCUAAUGCCUAUUUUUGAUGGUGAGAAUUAUGAGUAUUGGAGUGUUCAAAUGAAGACUCUGUUCAUCUCUCAGGAUCUUUGGGAUAUUGUUGAAGAUGGGUAUGAGGAACAAGAAACUUCAAAAGCAGGAAAGGAAACACAAGAAAAGCAGCAGACUUACAAGGAAAAUAAGAAAAAAGAUGCCAAUGCGUUGUUUCUAAUUCAACAAGGAGUAAGCAAAAAUCUUUUUCCAAGAUUACUUCCAGCAACAACAUCAAAGCAGGCUUGGGAAAUUCUCAAAAUUGAGUUCAAAGGUUCAGAAAAAGUGAUCUCCAUCAAACUGCAAUCCUUAUGGCGGGAAUUUGAUAACUUACUUAUGAAAGACAGUGAAUCCAUUCAAGUAUUCUUCACAAAGGUUUCUGGGAUUGUGAACCAAAUCAGAUGUUAUGGGGACACUAUUCCAGACAAGAAAAUCGUAGAGAAAACUUUACAAAGUCUACCGCCAAAAUAUGAUCAUGUCGCUGCUACAAUAGAAGAAUCAAAAGAUUUACCUACACUUUCUUUACAUGAAUUAAUUGGUUCAUUGGAAGCACAUGAAAAAAGAAUCAAUAGAUCCACAGAACAAUCUGUGGAGCAAGCUUUCCAGUCCAAGGUGAACUCGAAAGAGAAAGAAGACAAACAAAAAGGAGGACAAUUCCAGAAAUCUCAAAAUGUUAGAAACAAAAAUUUUGGGCGUAGAAACUCCAACAAAUGA